AUGAAUCGCCUGUUUGGAGCGAAGAGCACGGCGCCGAAGCCGACGCUCAACCAGGCCAUUACCACGGUCGAUACGCGUAUAGAGUCUAUCGAUGUAAAGCUUGCAAAGCUCAACGCCGAGCUAUCUGCCUACCAGCAGAAAAUCGCCCGCAUGCGCGACGGACCUGGCAAGACGGCGCUCAAGCAAAAGGCCCUCAAGGUCCUGCAGCAGCGCAAGAUGUACGACGCCCAGCGCGACCAGCUGCAGCAGCAGUCGUGGAACAUGGAGCAGGCAGGCAUGAUGCAGGACAACCUCAAGAACACAAUGACCACCGUCGACGCCAUGAAGACCACCACCAAAGAGCUCAAGAAGCAGUAUGGCAAGAUCAACAUCGACAAGAUCGAGCAGUUGCAGGACGAGAUGGCGGAUCUGAUGGACAUGGGCAACGACAUACAGGAGAGCAUAAGUCGAAGCUACGAGGUGCCUGAGGACGUGGACGAGGCCGAGCUGGAUGCUGAGCUCGAGGCGCUCGGCGAGGAGGUAGAGUUUGAGGGCAUUGGCGAGUCAAGUAGCACACCGGCCUUUCUGCUCGACGAUGCUGCCCCGCCACAGUUCAUCGAUGAGCCGCCGGAGCACAGCAAGGUCAAGGAGGUUGCCGGUUGA